UGCGGGGCGCUCAUGGCGGCGGCGGCGGCGGCUCGGCAAUGCCCGGACACCGGCAAUGCCCGCGGCACGGCAAAGGCCGGGCACCGGCUCGGCAAUGCCCGGGCACCGGCACGGCAAUGCCCCGGCACGGCAAAGCCCGGGCACCGGCACGGCAAACCCCGGGCACCGGCUCGGCAAUGCCCGGGCACCGGCUCGGCAAAGCCCCGGCACGGCAAAGCCCCGGCACGGCAAAGCCCGGGCACCGGCACGGCAAUGCCCGCGGCACCGGCAAUACCAGCCGUACAGCAAAGCCCGCGGCACCGGCGCUGCCGCCGCGUCCCGGGCGUCGCCAGGAGACGGCGGGAGGGAGGGAAGGACGGAGGGAGGGACGGACGGGAGGAAGGGAGAGACAUGAGAGGGAGGGGGAAACGAGAGACGGAAGGGGGCCGGUGCUCCACCCGCCGCCUCCGCGGCGACACAGAAUCACAGAACCUCAGAAUUCUUGGGGCUGGAAGGGACCUCUGCACAGUCCAAGUGUCCAAGCCUCUGCCAAGGCAGGGUCACCUAGAACAGGUGACACAGGAACGCAUACAGGUGGGUCUGGAAUGUCUCCAGAGAGGGAAACUCCACACCCUCCCCAGGCAGCUCUUUCGGAGCUCUGCCACCCGCCACGGACAGAAGUUCUUCCUCAUGGUGCGGUAGAACUUCUUGUGCUUUAGUUCAUGGCCACUGCUCCUCAUCCUGUGGCCGGGCACCACUGAACAGCGCCUGGCACCAUUCCGUGACAGCCCUUGGCAAUCCUGGGUCGAUUGCUGAGAUCCCCUCUCAGUUGUCUCCUUCCCGCACUAACCGCGCCCUCCUCGGGCAGUCUCUCGGCGCUGGAGAUGCUUCAGAUGCAGAACAAUUCACCAUCUUCUCCUGCAGCUGCUUGUCCUCCUUGUGCUGAGGAGUGCAGAACUCCACAAGCCUCCAGCUGGGUGGGGCUGGCGUGGGGCUGCGGGCACUGGUGCUGCAGCAACGCCGAACUGCGAGGGGAGGGGAAGGAAAAAAAGAAAGACGGAAAAAGGAAAAGAAUAAAGAAAAAGGAAAAAGGGGAGGUGGAGGGCAAAUAUAUGAAGGGGAAAAAAUAAUAAAAAGUUAAAAAUAGAAGCAUGGAAAAGGCGUUUUCAUACAACACAGACCCAGGAACUUAAAAAUAUAUCAUGAGGUGACAGGAAGCACUUCCAAUAUCAAUCCUGAUUUCCAUCUCUCAGCCCAGAUGACAGGAAGCACCAAAAUGUGCAUUGGCAAUGGACACCUGAUUUACUGAAAUAAAGGAGCUACAACCACCCUUCCAAGAUUGUUUUUCCCUUCUUCCUGCAGUUUUUGUGAGUCCCAGCUGAAGUACAGACUCACAGGGUAAUGCCUCCAGGGGCCACAGAGUGACUGAUCUGAGCAGAGAUCCCUGCAGUGAGGAAGAGCAGGGCCAACCUUCCCUCCUGA